UGGUUGCCGCUGCUAGGUGGAUUGCAAAGCUCUCAGGGCCUUGUCUGGCACAAGCAUUGCAGAUGUACCCAGACUUCAAAAUAAAGGUUGUUGGACAUUCACUGGGAGGUGGUACAGCUGCUCUGUUGACAUACGUUCUGAGGGAACAGAAGGAGUUUGCCUCUACUACUUGUCUGGCAUUUGCUCCAGCUGCAUGUAUGACAUGGAAACUGGCAGAGUCAGGAGUGCAUUUUAUCACUACAGUCAUCAACGGAGCUGAUCUGGUUCCAACAUUUUCUGCUGCGUUAGUAGACGAUCUUGGUUCAGAGGUUUCUUACUGAUAUUCCUGACUUUGUUAAUCCCAUAUUAUAAAGUGUGCUUUUUAGAAAUUUGUUAGU